CAUUUCUCCGCUUCCUUGCUGCAGCCAGCAGACGGCGAGGUGUGCGUGGAGCGUGGACGUAAAGCGAAACCCCGGCUGUGUGUGUGUGUGUGUGUAUGUGUGUGUGCGUGCGUGCGUGCGUACGGGCGGCGCUCACAGAUGAUUAAUUAGUAAAAUGUGGCUCCCGGUCACUGGACGCCACAUCUCAUCCACACUUCGGGGGUCUGCGGAGGACAGAGGCGCAGGUGAAGGACAUGAAGACGUCCAGAUGCAAUAGGCUGCAGCGCGUCUGAGGCGGCCCCGUGCGUCCUGCGAAACCGAGCUUCAAUUGGUGGAGCCAGAAAAGGAGCCGCGGCCUUGCCCACUGCAGGAGGGUUUGGAUGAAAGCGACGGACAAGGGCAGCCUGCGCAUUUCAGCUACCAAGAGCCACGCAGCCCCCCUCCACCCAUCGCCGUGCAGCAUGACAGACCUCCCGCACUCUGCGCACCGACCCCGCGGCACGCACCGCCGCGCUUGAAGGGAUUGCACUGCUUUUCCAAGCCCCUUGCGGGAAUUUGACACCCAGUAAUAUUCCGCCUAUCUGGUAGCUGACCACAGCUGCAACAGCGAGAAAUCACCCACCCCCUACCCCAAAGAGCCCCCGCGCAGUGGCCUCGGACGGAGCAAACGGGGGAAAUGCCGUCCGAGAUGGAGACGGAGAGGGUCGCCCCGGAGCAGGAGGGAGAGGCAGAGCCCCCCCUGCACAGCGUCCAUGGAACCCACAGGAUCAGACCGUCUUCUUACAGGGCCCUGCGCAGCGCCGUGUCCACUCUGGCGCGACUGGACGACUUCAGCUGCGAGAGAAUUGGAGCGGGAUUCUUCUCCGAGGUGUUCAAGGUGCAACAUCGUGUCACAGGGCAGGUAAUGGCUCUGAAGAUGAACAUCCUGGCCAGUAACAGAGCCAACAUGCUCAGGGAGGUCCAGCUGAUGAACAGAUUAUCACACCCUAACAUACUCAGGUUUAUUGGAGUGUGCGUCCAUGAGGGGCAGCUACACGCUCUGACAGAGUACAUCAACGGGGGGAACUUAGAGCAGCUGUUGGACAGUGAGGUGUACCUGUCGUGGAGUGUGCGGCUCAGUCUGGCUCUGGACAUCGCACGAGGACUCAAGUACCUGCACAGCAAGGGCAUCUUCCACAGGGACCUCACUUCAAAGAACUGCCUGGUGCGCUGGGAGGGCGACGUGUGCUCAGCUGUGGUUGGAGACUUUGGCCUUGCAGAGAAAAUUCCAGAUUACAGCGAGGACGACGUCCAGGAGCCUCUUGCUGUUGUCGGCUCCCCGUACUGGAUGGCUCCAGAGGUGCUCAGAGGAGAAAUUUAUAACGAGAAGGUCGACGUGUUUGCAUACGGCAUCAUCCUGUGUGAGAUUAUUGCGAGGAUACAGGCCGAUCCUGACAUCCUGCCACGUACUGAGGACUUUGGUCUGGAUGUGGAGGCCUUUCAGCGCAUGGUGGAAGACUGCCCCCUUGACUUCCUGGAGAUGGCAAUUUCAUGCUGUAAUAUGAAUGCAGAACUCCGUCCAUCUUUUGCCCAAAUCGUAGCAGAGCUAGAAAAGAUACAAGCUGAGAGGGCGCAGAGGCAUGAACCUCCUGUUAAAAUCAUGUCUCUAGCUAUCGAUUACAAUCGGAGGAGGUCUCUUCACUUUUUCCCGGAUUCCCACCUCUCGCGCAGCAAAUCGGACAUGCUGCAUAAUUUAGACACAUUCCCGUCUGUUACCCAGGCACCCCCCGCCCGGGUAAACCCCUUUUCUCAGCGGGAGGACCUUAAAGGAGGCAAAAUCAAGCUUUUCGACACUCCCAGCAAGUCCGUCAUCUCCCUGACCUUCACGCUGCCCCCUCCACCGUACUGUGAUGACAUACCAGCGUCUGAUGCGGAUGAAACUGAGAAGUCGCGGGGGCACAGGCGCUGCCACUCGCUCCCCUGCACACCUCCUCCACACCUCACGUCAGCACCGAACUCCGUCCUCACAGAUGAGCUGACGUUUGAGACUGACAGUUUAAAAGACUCAAGCAUGGGGGACGUUUCAAGAGAGGAGGGGAGGAGUCGGGCUGGAGGAGAUUCAGGUCUUCCAUUCUCUCUGGAUCCACCAUCACUCAACCUGCUGGACGCGAAGCAGGAAAGGGGGGAGGAGCCUAUGGAUUGCAGCAGCUCACCGGACACACAGGAUUCAUCGUCUCCUUACACCAAACAGCCUCCCCCUCCCUCUCACUCUUCUACUCCCUUCCAGCCCUCCACUCCUCCCAUCUCAAACGGUUGGGGGUCAGCCAUCUCUAACGGGCCCCCCUGCCUGCCGCCCCUCUCUAGCCUGGACAACCAUAAUGUAGUCGUGAGCCGACCGCUCGGCUGGACCGCUGUUGCCAACUCUCCCAACAACAACGGCUAUCACUCCCCUCCCAGCGACCCUGCCGGUUCCUCCCUCUUUGCUUCCGGCAGCGGACACUCUCUGGACCAGGAGGAGGUGAUCUCCUGUCCCGGGUGCUGCCUGGCUGGCUUUCGCUUCCCCUCCUUGUGCCUAAGAGCCCCCCCACGCAGAAAUCCUUACAAGAACUUGAACGGGGACCGUGCGGCGUCCCGCGGUUUGCUCUGUCCAGGGCCCAAGGGUUUGCCGCCCUCUCCUAUUCCCACAAGCACCACCAACAGCUUGGAGCCGGGGUUCGCCUUGCCAGGGGCAAAGACAUAAACACUUGAUCCCUUCCCUGGAAAUAAAGCAGGUCUUCUUAAAAUUUGCACACGUUUUAAUGCAGCAAUACUCUGCUUUAUUUCCAGACAUUCUAUUUCUGGUCAGGUUUAGGAAAAUAUUGUCCAGAGUUUUGGAAUUGUCUGACCUCUUGCAAAGCUGUGGGACAAGAACAUUGCUGAUGAUGCCCUCUGCUGGACUCAGGGUGUCACAACCUGUAAGAUUUGAUGUGAUUGACUGGCGGAACAGCUCAGAACAUGAACACUCCAGUUUCAAGCUCAGUCAGUCAUACUGUGUACAUUUUGCAGAUUUAAAGACUCCUAUAAUGAUGAGGAGAUGAUGCUGAAAUGAGGAAUGUUAAGCUUAGUAUUAUUACUGUUGCAACCAUUUUUGAUGUUUGGUUCUGCUUCUGGAUGAGCAGGCAGUUUUGCUUUGUCUUUAAUUAUUAAGAGAUGGACGGCACAUUGCAGGUGUGUGUGUGUGUGCGCGUGUGUGUGUAGCUCGAGUGUUUGUGCUGAACAGUUUGUUAAAAAUAUUUUUGUUGCUGUAUGAUCCGUUCUUGUUGCCCGUUUAAGCACUUCAGCCGUAUUACUGUUAAGGAAACUGUUUAUCAUAUUUGGGAAAUGACUGUCAACGGCUUAAGAGAUGUACAGAUUCUUAUUAUUUAAAGACUGCAUUAAAUAAAAAGAUAGAAUGCA